GAUCGAUCGAUUCCUUUUCGAAUAUGGUCAGCCGAUGAAAAUUAAUUAGGUGAACUUUUUUAUAGGAAAGGAAAAUUUUUCUUGUGAACGGAAGUAGGGUGCUGAGGUUCCGGUUUGUAGGAACUGGAGUAUAAAUCCUGAUCCCAGUUCAUGAUUGUUCUACAUUAUCGGUUACUAUUACUGCUACUGCUACUACUGCUACUCUAUUAUCAUUUAUCUGUACUAGGUGUGGGCUACAGAAUUAUUCCAAUUAUUAUCUACCUAUCUACCCUAGGGUUGAACAACCAUGGCUGAUGAUGAGUUGCUGGAGUCCCUCCAGCUAUACUACCUCUACAACGAUGGCCGACAAAUAUCCAAAGUCGGUCACAUUGACCGAAAUGGUUUAAAACCAACAACACUCCCCGGUCCAGCAUUGCCGGUUCUGGGGAACGCCGUGGCUGGUGCCGUGGGAGCAGCCGUUUCGAAUGCCUUGACGUACCCGCUCAGUCUGGUCGUUGCCAGGUUGCAGGCGCAGAACGCGAGGUUAAAUUCAAGCCUUACCCGCAAAGAUGGCAGGGAAAAGCACGUCUCUGCUGAUGGAUACAAAUAUACCGGUAUUCUUGAUGCUCUCCGGAAAAUCUACGCUACGGAAGGCCGGUCAGGUCUCUAUUCUGGUCUGGCGCAGGAUACGAUCAAGACCGUUACGGACUCCUUUCUGUUUUUCUUGGCAUAUACGGUGCUGCGACAGCGGAGUAUCAGGGCGCGGUUUGGUGAGGGUUUCCGCGGUAGACGGAAGAAUAUCGUUCUGCCCGUUCUGGAUGAAUUGGGGAUUGGUAUCCUGGCGGGGGCGUUUGCUAGGCUCUUUACGACUCCCUUGGGGAAUAUUGUGACGAGGAAGCAGGUUUCUUCAUCGUCAUCGUCGGAACAAUCUCCAUCCACAAGGCAGAUCGCCGCGCAGAUCCUCCGCGAGAAGGGCCUGACGGGGUUUUGGUCCGGGUACUCGGCGACACUUCUCAUGACGCUCAACCCGUCCAUUACUCUUUUCCUGAACGAGUUGCUCCAUUACCUGGUGCUUCGGCAGGUUCUGAAGCGGACCAAAUCGUCUGCGCUGCUGACAUUCCUCUUAGCGGCGCUAAGCAAGGCUGCGGCGUCGACGAUAAUGUAUCCAUUCGCCGUGGCUAAAACGAGGACUCAAGCAGGCUCUUCCAAUGAAACUGCCGAUUCAAAUUCCGAGCGAGACGAAAUCGAAGAUGAAAAUGAAAUCGAAAUCGAUACUCUCACCCCCUCCCUCAUCCCACCAAUCCUCUCCACCAUCCUCACCAUAGCCGAGACAGAAGGCAUCUCCGCUCUAUAUUCCGGCCUCUCCGCCGAAGUCCUAAAGGGUUUCUUCUCCGCGGGCUUCACCAUGCUCACCAAAGACGCCAUGUACGCCUCUAUCGUCCGCGCCUAUUACCUCUUCCUCGUCCUACUGCACCGAUACCCCGCUCCAGAGGCACUGAUCCAACAAGCCCGCGAACAAGCAGAUGAAUACGAAUAUGCCGAAGGCGCAAGAGGUUUAAUAGAGGGGAGGAAUCGCCAGCAUGCCCAUUUCUCUGUCUCCGUGCACCCGGAGUUCUCGCCUGAUCAUCACCAUAUACAUGUCAUGCAUGGUGGACCGGUUGGAGGGGAGGAUGAUUCGAACGCGACAGCUGAGAUGGUUGGGGAGUAUGUGGAGGAUGAUACGGAGGGGUGGAGGAGUUUGUAUCAUUGGUUUUGGGAGGUUAUUGAGCGUUAGUUAUUUUUUUUUCCCCUUCGUUGCACUUUGGCUGGGUUUAUACUUUUAAUGUACUUUGUAUUUUGUGUGCUAUGAUGUUAUGUCUGCUUUGUCACCGGCUGUGAGUGCUGGUUUGGUCUGGGGGCUUGGUGGUUGCAUUUGUCUAUUAUGAAUUAAUGCUGUGGUGUCUUACAUACAGCAUAUGAGAAAUAAAGAAAAAUACAUUAACUAAUGUCACCUAUGACUUAUUAUCUGUAAGUAAACAAACCGGAAUCGAG